AUGUUUUUGGGUGCAGUUGGGUGGUAUCGGAAGUUUAUCAAGAAUUUUAGUACAAUUGCUCGACCAUUAACAUGGCUUUUGGAGAAAGAUGUCACAUUCACUUGGGGUAAGGAGCAAGAUGAUGCAUUCGAUACACUAAGACAUGAGUUGGUUAAAGCUCCAGUAUUAGCCCAUCCUGACCCCACUCGACCCUUUGUUGUUACCACGGAUGCAAGUAAAGUGGGUCUGGGUGGUGAACUAUCACAAGAAGAUGCACAAGGACAAUUACAUCCAGUUGCAUAUUUCAGUCGUGCAUUGACCAAACGAGAACGUUCAUAUCCAACUUAUGACAGAGAAGUGAUGGCUAUGCGAGACACACUUAAGCAUUUUCGGUAUUAUCUGUUAGGAGCACAAGUAGUGAUGAGGACCGACCACAAACCUCUUCUAAAGAUCCUGGAACAGAAAGAUCCAUUUGGACGAAGAGCGACAUUGAUGAGAGAUAUAGCAGAAUUCGAACCACGCAUAGAGUUUAUUCGAGGGCAGGAUAAUCACAUGGCAGAUGCUCUUAGUCGGAUCGGAUGGAAUGUCAAGUGGGAAGAGAGAGAUGAGGAUACUAGUAAAGUGGCUACUAUUGGUGGCUCUCAAGACGAGAUUGGUCCGUGCAAAGAUGUAAGGUUGGACAUAAAUGAUUUCCAAGUGCAGCAAGAACGUGACCCAACCCUUAAGCCACAUAUUUCCACUCACCGAAACGAACAUGGUUUAUUCACACGAGAUCAUAAGAAGCAAGUGUUACUUCCAGCAUCGCUUGUUCCCACCAUAUUAUCAUUAGCUCAUGACGAAACAGGGCACCAAGGAGCAGAUAAAAUGCUUGCAAGAAUUGAACCUCAUUAUUGGUGGCCAAAGAUGAAAGCAGAAGUAGAGAACUAUGCAAAAACGUGCCAACGCUGUGCUGCUACUCUUGCCCAGGGACAUAGAAAAGCACCCAUUCAUUAA